GUACGAUGUCAUUUUAGCGUGAAGUUAUUUAACAUUCUAGUCUUUUUUAUAUUCGUGUCCUAUUUUUAAAAAUAAGAAAGAAUGAAGACCAUUUUUUGCUCUGGCAAUUUUUCUGCACAAUUUAAUGAGGAAUGACUUGACUUUGAAGAAAUGGGAAAUGCCUUUUCAAAUUGCAUAUGCAAGAAACAUAGAAUUGGCUCUGUUAGAGAAAUUACUCUUCUUAUGAUUGGUCUUGACAAUGCUGGAAAAACAUGUACUGUAAAGCAUUUACUAGGAGAACCUACUGCAGAUGCUGUUCCUACAAUUGGUUUUUCUAGCAUUUCACUGAAACAUGGAAAAUACACUGUGACUAUUUAUGAUCUUGGUGGUGGACCUAAAAUUCGAGGUAUUUGGAAGAAAUACUAUGCUUUAGUACAUGGGCUUAUAUUUGUAGUUGAUGCUAGUGAUUCUCAGCGUCUUGAAGAAUGCAAAAAGGAAAUCCAAAGUGUUUUAACACAUGAUAAAAUUGCAGGGAAACCAAUGUUAAUGUUAGUAAACAAACAGGAUGUUUCUGGUGCAAUUGACGAGACAGAGCUUGUCAGCCGCCUUGAUUUGGAAGUUCUAGUUAAUCAACAAAAAUGCCCAACACGAGUUGAAGCCUCUUGUGCUCUAUAUGAUGAAGCAAAAAUGAAAGAUCCUGGGAUACAAGAAGGUUUUAAUUGGUUAAUUGGAAUAAUUAGCAGAGAUUUCAAUGAGUUAAACAAGCGUGUCGAAGAAGAAGUGAAUGAACAAAAGAAGGAAGAAGAAAAAGAACAAUUAGAAAGGAUGAAGAGAGUCCAAAAAAUAAGAGAAGAAAGAGAAAGGGAAGCAACUAAGAAUGCAGUGAAUGGAGAGAAGGAUGGUGGGGAUGAUGACGAUGAUGAUGUUAUAAUUGGAAAUCCUUUUAAGUCUUGUGAUGUUAUUAAGGCUGAGUUUGAAGAAAAGGAAAAAAGUAAAACUUUGCAAGCAACAACACCCACAGUGAAAGUCAUCCAUGUUAGCCCAACAAAUAGUGCAGAGGCAAACAAUCGAGAAGAAGUGAUACUUCUGCCCCAACCAUUGAAUGAGAAAGUACAAAGCUUACCCAGCACAAUGGAGUCUCCACACAGCAUAUCUUCUCCAGAACAAUGUAAUGGUGGAGGAAUUUCUCCAUUCAUUUGUGAAGAUGAAGAAGUGAAGAAAAAAAGUAAGAAGAUUAAAAAAAGGUUUAAGAAUCGCAUUGUGCCUGAGAUUCACGAUACAAAUAAUAUAAGUCAUAUAUCAAGACUAAAUGAACUUCCACCAAUAAAGCCUGCCAUGGAAAAUGCAACAAAUGGGCAGCCUUGUGUUUAUAUGUCACCUAAAAGGUUUUCUCAGCAAAAUGGAAAAAUAAACUGGGCUUUAGCUGAAGAAUUGGAGCCUUGUAGAGCGACAUCGUUGGCAGGUUGUUCCAGCAGACGUAUUGAAGCCUGGUCAGAUGAAUCUUAUAGUCCAAUCUAGUUUACUUUUGCUUUAUAUCAUUGCAAUUUUUAACUAGUGCAAUGUUGUGAUCAAAUUACAUUUUAAAAAAAAUGUAAUGCAAUUUUUAUAUCUAUUGUAUAUACUAGUCAUGUAAUUAUUUUGCCAUACAUGUUUUAUAUAGCCUUUUUUA